AUGCCUCUGCCACAGCCAGAAGUAAUAGAAAUACUUGACGAUGAUGACACGGCUUCGGAGACGGGCUUGAAUAGCCCUACUCCUUCAAAAUCGGCACAAAAAAGGAAACAUGAAACUGAAAUCGAAGAGAAGGUUGAGUGGACAGGCGACGAGGAUGAUCUACCUACCAAGCCAAAAAAGCGUCGCGGCAAACGAAAGUCAACGCGAAAGAAAGGAGGCCAAGAUGCUGAUGCAAAAAAUGAAGUCCCUGAAGAGGACUUUGAAAUGGCAGACUUGCCCGAAUAUCUCAUCGAGCGCAGGCGAAAGUUUGACAAUAAGAGGAAACUCCACCAUGACGCUGCUUUGAUGAUACCCCCAGAUUACUCUGGGAUUCAUUUUGAAGAGACGGGAAGACUCAGAGAAUUAGUAGAAAGGCCAAAAUUCCCCGAGAGCAGUGGUAUCAAGCCUUCACGACCGUACAAGGACAUUGAGCUGCCCCAAUCCGCAGGUCUUAUCCCGGCAUCUAUCGCGCAGUACCUUCGAGACUAUCAAGUUGCUGGUGCCUCGUUCCUUCACCGAAAGUUUGUCUACCAAGAAGGUGGUAUACUGGGCGAUGACAUGGGUCUCGGCAAAACAGUGCAAGUGGCGGCCUUUUUGACUGUCGCAUUUGGCAAGACUGGUGAUGAGCGUGACGCCAAACGGCUACGACAGGUUCGCCAGUACCCCGACAGAUGGUACCCGAGAAUACUGAUCAUAUGCCCUGGAUCUCUUAUCAUGAAUUGGAAGAAUGAGCUAGAUCGUUGGGGCUGGUGGCAUACCGACUUGUUUCAUGGAGCCAACAAAGAGGAUGCUCUGAGUACUGCCCGUGCGGGUCGAGUCGAGAUUAUGAUCACCACUUACGACACGUACAAGAAUAGCCGGAGUGCCAUAAACUUGGUCCAGUGGGACGCAGUGAUCGCCGACGAAUGCCACAGGUUGAAAGACAGGUCAUCUGAGACUACCAAGGCUCUGAAUGAGAUCAACGCCCUUUGUCGUAUUGGCUUGACUGGCACGGCAAUUCAGAACCGAUACGAAGAACUUUGGACACUCCUAGACUGGACCAACCCCGGCCACUUUGGGACCCUUCCUGAAUGGACGCAGAGGGUAACUAAGCCACUGACUGUUGGCCAGUCUCAUGAUGCAACCGUAGCUCAACUCAGUUUGGCAAGGACAACAGCUGACAAACUGGUCCAUAAUCUUUUACCCCAAUACUUUCUUCGGCGAAUGAAAUCCAUCAUAGCGAAACAGUUGCCUAAGAAGACAGACCGAGUCGUCUUUUGCCCCUUGACGGAUUUUCAGAGGGAUGCUUACGAGAACUUCCUCAGCAGCGCGGAUAUCGAAACCCUUCGAACCCUUUCAGAGCCAUGCUGCGGAGGCAAGAAGAAAGGAUGGUGUUGCAAUAGCCUUCUAUCUGAUGGCAGGCGAUGGCAGAACAUCGUCUUUCCCAGCAUGAUGGUUCUGCAAAAGCUUGCAAACCAUCUGACCCUUCUCGUGCCUCAGACGACUGACUUGGAAGGAAAACACGAAACAGACAUCAAAACACUACAGACAUGUUUGCCAGAUACUUGGAAAUAUGUCUACGAUAACCGGGACCGGAUUAAGAACCUGGUGAACCCCGAAUUUUGUGGAAAAUGGAAAGUUUUGAAGAAACUGCUCAAGUUCUGGCAUAGCAACGGCGACAAGGUGUUGGUAUUUUCCCACAGUGUGCGGCUUCUACGCAUUCUACAACAUCUAUUUACCAAUACGAGCUAUACCGUCAGUUAUUUGGAUGGCUCAUUGAGUUACGAAGUGCGUCAGGAGGUUGUUGAUACGUUCAACUCUGACCCGACACAAUUCGUUUUUCUCAUAUCGACCAAAGCCGGAGGAGUUGGUCUUAAUAUCACAUCUGCGAACAAGGUCGUCAUUAUCGACCCUCACUGGAACCCGUCUUAUGAUCUUCAAGCACAAGAUCGAGCCUACCGUAUUGGCCAGACUCGCGACGUUGAAGUAUUUCGUCUGAUCUCACUGGGCACCGUUGAAGAAAUUGUUUACGCAAGACAAAUAUACAAGCAGCAGCAGGCGAACAUUGGUUACACUGCAUCAUCCGAGCGCCGUUACUUUAAGGGUGUCCAGCAGGACACAGACCGAAAGGGAGAGAUCUUUGGUCUCGCCAACAUCUUUUUAUAUCAUAACGAUAGCGGCCUGCUACAAGACAUUGUCAAUAAAACUAAUAUUGCCGAGGCUAAAGCAGGUGUGCAUCUUGUGGACGUAGACAUGGAAAAGGCAGCCAAGGAUGAAGAGAACCUCGGUAUCAUCAAGAACGAAGCACCGGACGUCGAAGACGGUGGCAUGAGUCAACUUGCCUCGCUUCUGACAUCGGAGAACCAGCAGCGGAUGCUAGAUGCUAAAAAGCCCAAAAAGCCCAAAAGCGAUGCGAUACAAGCCAUCCUCACUUCUGCCGGUGUUGAGUAUACACACGACAACAGUGAGGUAAUUGGAUCGUCCAAGAUUGAAGAGCAACUCUCGCGACGGGCAGCCAUGGCUUCGUAUACUACACAAGAGGGUCAGAGUGCCCUCUUCGCGGAUCCCGGUGACGAGCGUGGUGAAGGUCUAUUUGGCAUAUACAACCCACCUGAAGAGGCGAAGCUGCGGCAAUUCUGCGAAAUGGCCAAGGAAUUUGGCUUUGCGAACGCAACAGAAUUUGCACUCGUAGUGGAAAGCUGGACGCAGGAGGCAAGGCGGAAUUGCCUAGAUCUGUUCUACAAGAAGAGAGAAGCCAAGCUCAUUCAAGAAGGGAUCAUCAAGGAAGAGGAUGUGAAAGAUGUUGCCAAGAACGAGACGCACGAUCCAGACGCAAAGGAAGAGGUCAAAGAUGAGAAAAUGGAUAUUAGUUCGGUCCUCAAGGAUGAAGACAUCAAGGACAAUAAAGAGAAUAUGCUGAAGAGGGAGAACAUCAAGACUGAGAUGAUCAGCACAAAAGUUGAAGAAGAGAAGAAGGUCAAGACGGAAGGCGCAGGGUCUAGUAUACGAACGUCGAUAUUCCUGUCAGACGACGACGACGAUGAUGAGUUGUGA